AUGGCAACUCCUCCAGUCCCACCUCCUCCACCCCCUUUACAGUCUACCUCGCCGUUUUUAUCAUCUGGCUGGAGGUCACCAACCAAUAGUAACCGACAAGCACGUUCUACCGUAUCUACGACGCUCAAGUCCUCUGCUCCCUGGUUGGACGCUAAGACAUUACAGCACGCUGCCGCUGGUUUACGCAAGACCGAGCACAAUCGACCGCUACAGUGUAACUUCGAGAAUUUAUCCGAUGGACGAGUGGACGGAUCGGAUCAACAACUGUUUAGACAUCAUAGGCAGAACGACUCGUUCCAUGCACCGGUGGAAACAAAUCAAGCCCGAACAUCGUUUUAUGCUUCGCCCCUUAGUUCCUAUAAAUCUUUGCCGGUCAGCAACGGUCAUCAAUACACCGAUACGCUAACUAAAUCAAAAUAUACUGAACGGCCAUCAUUUUCUCCACAAAAUAUUAUGUCAACUUCUUAUUCUUCUAGCUCUAAACAAUAUUCAUCAACUCAAAAUGAAAGCAGCAACAAUUAUGUGAUACCCAAAGAUUCACCAUAUAUCAAAGAUCCAAAGUCAUAUAUUCGAGCAUACGCAACGCAAACACCCACAUAUACAGUCAUGGAUUCAAAUUCCAAUGUUCACCAGAAUAUUCUCAGCAAUCGUUUUAAUGUCGACAAACGUAUGUCGGACAUUAAUGCUAAUAAGGCUCACACGUUUGUCAAGGAUCUACGUGAUCAAAGUUUAACUCAGACGCAACGAGUCGCAAAUCAGUUUCAGCAAUCUUUAUUGCGUGAUGUACCACCACCUCAAAGUAUGGAAAGCCUUUAUGAACAAAAGAAGAACUUAGGUAGCGAUCAAAUUGAUGCACUAAUACGUGACAUGGAAUGGAAAAUGAAAACUGGCGUAGGUGCCGCUGGAGAAUGUUGA